AAGAAAAGUGUCUAGAACUCUAUUCUGAAGUGUUGUCCUAUAUAGCUAUAGUGUCCAACUAACCAGCCGUUGACGAUGGACUCCACUAUACUGCCACUAUUGACAAUGUUCGUUGUUUUAGGCAAAGUUGUUGGAGACAGAAGGCUGACAUUUGUCACUGUGCUCUACCGCCAUGGUGACCGAUCCCCAGUCAAAGCCUACCCUACUGAUCGCUACCAGGAGAGCUCUUGGCCACAGGGCUUUGGACAGCUCUCGCAGGAAGGAAUGAGGCAGCACUUAGAGCUGGGACAGGUGCUGCGGAAACGUUAUCAGGGUUUUCUCAAUGACACCUAUGACCGACGUGAGAUUUCUGUGAGGAGCACAGACUAUGACCGGACCUUGAUGAGUGCAGAGGCCAACCUGGCUGGAUUGUACCCUCCCAAUGGGUCACAGGUCUUCAACCCAUCACUGGAGUGGCAGCCUAUUCCUGUUCACACUGUGCCCCAGGAUGAGGAGCGGCUUUUGUCGUUUCCCAUUCUGGGUUGCCCUCGUUAUAAAAUCCUCAUGAAUGAGACAGAACGCUCAGAAAAGUACCUCAACAUGACAUUUCUAUACAAAGAUUUAAUAGCGACGGUACGGGAGAAAACUGGUCUGAAGAACACUAACAUUAAGACUGUUUGGAGUGUCCAUGACACCCUGUUCUGUGAGGCAAGGCACAACAUGACCGCUCCUGACUGGGUGACCCCUGAGAUCAUGGAUGAUCUGAGGAAGCUCAAGGACUUUGGCUUUGAAAUCAUGUUUGAGGUCUACAAGCAUCAGGAGAAAAGCCGGCUCCAAGGAGGUGUCCUCUUGGGUAGCAUUGUAAAUAACAUCUCAGAGUCUGCACUUCCCAACUCUAAUCGCCGUCUGAAGAUGAUGAUGCUCUCUGCGCAUGACACCACCAUUGUGGCUUUGCAGUCGAGUUUGAGUAUCUUCAAUGGAAAGCAGCCGCCCUAUGCCUCCUGCCACAUAUUUGAACUCUAUCAGGAAGACAACGGAUCAUUCACAGUGGCCAUGUUUUACCACAAUGACACCACAAGAGCGCCUUACCAACUGGCUGUAGCUAGCUGUGAUCUCUUCUGCCCCCUGGAGGACUUCGUGCGCCUCACCAAACCAUCCAUCCCAGAGGAUUGGGACAAGGAGUGCAUGGUGGAGUCUCCCACAAAGGAUACAGAGGUGGUCAUCGGACUAGCAGUUUGUUGCUGUUUGCUCUUCCUCCUUAUCGUCCUCCUGCUCGCUGUGCUUUGUCGGCAACGUGAUCCCUCCAACGGCUACAGUCACAUUCACAAUGAGAAUGAAUCUUGACAAAUGUACAAACUCCACCGUAAGCAGGAUUCAUGGGAUAGUGAAGAAGAUGUUUGAAUGCCUCACAGUUCUGCCCUCUGGUGGGGAUGCAGGAAAAGGGAACACUAGAAUGCUUUUAGUGCAACUUUUGUUUUUGUGCUUUAAAAAAAAAAAAAGGGGACUGUGGCAUUUCACCAAAAAUGCACAGGAACUUACUGGGGAGGACAAAGGUUAUCUAGUCCUCUAGUCAACUGUUGUCAUGGUAAGUAUUCCUAAGCUUGUGAAAGAAGUUGGCUACUGGAUUCUGACAAAAUUGCCUUUUUAAUGUUUUCGAAUACUACUUGUACUCAUUUUACUCAUGGGUCCAAGUCACCUGACCAUCGUUCUUACAAAAUGUGGACCACUGGAUGCUUCAUGCUUGUUUGAUUCUGCCCUUGGAGAGUAAUGAUCAUUGUGACACUGAAUCCCGAGGAAAAGCUUGUGCUUCAUUCUCUCCAAGGAACAGAUUUUGGCCAACAUAGGCCGACUGUACUGAGCAUUCUUCUAGGAAGUCAUUGGAUAAAGAUGCUAUUUAUUUCCUCUGGUGGUGAUUGUCAUGGUACUUGGAGAAGCCUUCACAUCAUGGUACUUUUGGUAAAGGCUUUGCUCUAUAUGUCAGAGGCACCUACUAACAAGCCUGUCAUGCUUUGUGCCUUGGGCUGUUAGAUUCCAUUUAAGGCACAGUAAUUCAUUUAUUUGCUGAAAGUGCAACGUAUCUAACAGUGUGACUGCCCUCUUUCUCCUAUUUUUAAAACUGCCUCUGAGGUUUAGACUUUUUAGGCACAAGUGAUUACUUUUUAAUCUGCAUCAGUUUUUUUCAUCCCCCAAAAGUUUACAAAAAUACAUUAUUGUAAUUAUUACAAUAUAAAUACAGUAUAAUAUUAUACCUUUCUAAGUUACUAGGUGCAGAGUUCACAACCUGAGGGGGCUCUCCACUGAGUUCCCGUCAAACAAGUCACUGUAUUGCAAGCAGCUGCCAGCUGUAAUUAGUGCUGAGCGAUGAGUGCUUUUUGAGGUCGUUUCUGUUUUUUUUUUUUUAUCACGGUUUCAUUCAUUUUUUUAAACAUUAAAUGCACUAUGCAUUAUGUGGGUUGACUGCUGUAACGACACAAAAUAAAACAAUUACUGCUUAUCACUUAUUACCAUUUAUUCACCGUACUUUACUAUAAUAACAUAUUUCAGUUCUGUAUAUUAAACUUAUUUUAUUUCA